GUGUAUGCAGUUUAUACGAUAUGGGUGUAAUAAAAACAAAGAAAGAAGAGAAACUCAGUUUAAAACAAAUCAAGAACAACUUAUCAGAGUUGAAAUCGAAACUUUCAAGCUCUCCUUCAUUACUUCAUAAAGAAUUAUAUAAUAACCUAAAGAAAGUGUCUUACCAUGAUCUAAAAUGGAAUGAUUAUCUCGCUAACAAAAUAAUUAGCGAUGACUCUGAUGCCGUAAAAAAAUUAACUCAAAAUUAUGAUAUAUUUAUGGAACCUAAACGUCAAAUGCUCCCUUCCACAUUACCUUUUAUUCAAGGAAUGUGUGAAAGAUUUGUGUCGAGGUUUACUGAACCUCAGGAAUAUUAUCCACCAAUAUUAAUGCAUGAUAAGACUUGGAAAGAAUCAAAUGAUAUUCUUUCAGGGCUUGCAGAAGAAGUUCUUAAAGUCUUAGGCGAAUCUUGGAAGAAUCCGGCUUUUUCCCCCGAACUUAGGUCAUCACAAAAUGAAGGGACAUAUGUAACGCAUGUAAUAGCACCUUCAAUUCGAGCUGUAUUAAAAGAUCUUCCCUUCGGAAAAUCUUCAUAUAUUAGUAUGGCGGAGAAGAAGAGCGUUGCAAGUUCGGAAAGAAAGGGAGAAGGACAUUUGGGGAAAAAACCGGAUAUGAUGUUUAUUUUAAACCGAGAAGAGGUUUCAUAUGAACUCGUAUAUGCCGAAUUCUCACGUUUAGUAUGUACCGAUCAAAAAAACAAAAAGGAUGAUAUCAAACUCUGGCGAGAAACAAAUGAUGGAAUGGAUUGGGUUCGCAAUAAAUGUAAACCGGCCAAAGAUGAAGCAGAUGUGCAUAGAUAUUAUCAUCUAAAAUCGGUGGAAAUUCCUGUUCAACCAACUAAUGAGGUUGUAGUGGCAGAAUUUAUACACACUUUGUUGAUACUUCGGGUAGAUAAAGACCAAUUCCAAGACUUGUCUUCGGAUAACUAUAACAUUUCUUCGGAUAUAUCAUGCAAUACCGAAAUAACUAAUGAACAGGAUUCACUCUCUGUGUCCCAUAUUAUUUCAACCAAUGAUUUGUGUAAACUGAAAAAGGAAGAAGCUUUAAUACAGGAAAUAUCUCUUGAAAAAAAUUAUACAAAUGAAAAUUUAUCUUCAGACCGGGAAAAGAAGCCUAGAUUCCAAGAUUUAUCUUCGAAUAAUAAUUCAUUGGAAACGAAUCCAAAGGAUUAA